CCUAUAAUCUCAGCUACGGGGAAGGUUGAGGCAGGAGGAUCACUUGAUCCUAGAAAUUUGAGACCAGCCUGGGCAACAUAGUGAGACUCCACGUGGCCAUGGGUUUAAGGAAAAGGAUUAAAUGAGAUAGUGUAUAUUUUUUGUCAUACUAGAUUGUAGUCUGGUGCGUGUUUUCUAUUUACAUUUCCAUUCAGACUAGCCACAUGUGGCUAAUGAUUUUGGUAUUGGACAGUGAGGGUAUAACCAAAUGUCUCUUCCCAGAACCCUUCCUCCUGCCCACCACCCCCACGUCUCCACCCUGCUCUUCUUUCUUCCUUCUGGGGAUCCUGCGUAGCCAUCUGGCUUCUCUGUGCCUCUUGUCUUCCACUUCCUCUUGGUUGUGGUCUCUCUUGUCUGUAGAAUCCUUGCUGGGCUGUGGGGCUACUGCCUAGGAAAGGGCUGUGCUUCCUCUGAACUCCUUGCCCCAUCCUACCCCUCCUCUCCUCCCUUCUUUCUCUUCCUUUGUUCCUGCUUGUUAGGAGCCAAGAGCUGCCCCUGACCAAGGCCGCAGGCUGACAGGGGCAGGUGAAAGGUUUCCGAGGAGGGGAAGACAGCUCUCCCUGGAGGGAAGCAACACGUCUGAGAACUCAGCCUUCGAAUGCCUUUCUAAGAUCUUAGCUUUGCUAGUUCCUCAAAGAGCUGACAUUUAUUGGGGGGGGCGGGAGCAGGAUGUGAGCAGAAUCCUCCAGGCCCUGCACGAGUGCCUUGCCGCCCUUCCCCGGCAGCAGCUCCGGAGCGUCGUGGGCAUCGGGGUGUCGGGCCAGAUGCAUGGAGUCGUGUUUUGGAAAACAGGCCAAGGCUGUGAAUGGAUAGAGGGAGGGAUUACCCCUGUGUUUGAGCCCCGAGCUGUUAGCCACCUGGUCACGUGGCAGGAUGGCCGAUGCAGCAGCGAAUUCCUGGCCUCUCUACCCCAGCCGAAGUCUCAUCUCAGUGUGGCCACGGGCUUUGGCUGUGCAACUAUCUUCUGGCUUUUGAAAUAUUGCCCAGAGUUCCUGAAGUCCUACGACACAGCGGGUACCAUCCAUGACUAUGUGGUUGCCAUGCUGUGUGGCUUGCCAAGACCCCGGAUGUCCGACCAGAAUGCUGCUAGCUGGGGCUAUUUCAACACGCAGAGCCAAAGCUGGAACGUGGAGAUACUGAGGAGCUCAGGUUUUCCCGUCCACCUGCUCCCAGACAUCGCCGAGCCUGGCAGUGUGGCAGGCAGAACUUCCACAAUGUGGUUUGAAAUCCCAGAGGGGACGGAGGUGGGAGUGGCCUUGGGUGAUUUACAGGCCUCUGUCUAUUCCUGCAUGGCCCAGAGGACAGAUGCAGUUCUCAACAUCAGCACCUCGGUUCAGCUGGCAGCCUCCAUGCCUUCGGGAUUCCAGCCUGGAGAGACUCCAGACCCUACGGCCCCAGUCGCCUACUUCCCAUACUUUGGCAGGACCUACCUGGGGGUGGCCGCGUCACUCAACGGGGGCAAUGUGCUGGCCACGUUCGUCCACAUGCUGGUUCAGUGGAUGGCAGAUCUAGGCCUGGAGGUUGAAGAAUCCACUGUGUAUUCACGCAUGAUCCAGGCAGCUGUGCAGCAGAGAGAUACCCACCUGACCAUCAUCCCAACAGUGCUGGGGGAGAGGCACCUGCCGGACCAGCUGGCCUCCGUGACCAGAAUCUCCUCCUCUGACCUCUCCCUGGGGCACGUGACCCGGGCUGUGUGCCGAGGCAUUGUUCAGAACCUGCACUCCAUGCUUCCGAUUCAGCAGCUCCAGGAGUGGGGCGUAGAGCGCGUGAUGGGCAGUGGGAGUGCGCUGUCCAGGAACGAGGUGCUGAAGCAGGAGGUGCAGAGGGCUUUCCCUUUGCCCGUGUCCUUUGGGCAGGAUGUGGACGCAGCUGUCGGGGCAGCUCUGGUCAUGCUCCGGAGACACCUCAACCAGAAGGAAUCUUAAGACAGCAAACUCUUUCGCCAAAGGACUGCUGCGAAUUUUACCUGGUUAACAUUCCUGACACCAUCUGUGGGUCAUCCUUUCCCUGGACAGUUCAGUGGACAGCUUUUAAGCCAUGCUUGUUGUGAGGUUCCAUCUCGGCCAAGAACUUCCCUUCAGAGCAUACUCUAAUAAGGCAGCCAGGAGCCAUCAGCCAGAUCCCAAAUGAGUGCCUUCUGAGAGAGACCCAGCUGGGAGCUCUUUACAAAUGUCAGUGUGGGCGAGAGAGCGUGAGAGCACAGUAGCCCAGGCUCCUGGUCAGCAGACCCAUCUGUGGUUCACUUGUAGACAGAGAGCAGAGCAGUGUGUACUUCAGACACCAGAAAGUCUAGUGACUGUGGCCCCAAGUAAGAAAAGAAGACCUGCCCCAUGCCCAGCUUUUGAUUAUUGUUUUUGGAGACCUGAAGCUCAGACUCGGGUUAUAUGGACUUCUGGAAAAGUUCUCUCCUGGACUGAACCAUGUGACCGGAGUCCCCUUUCCUAGUCUCAUCCUCCCCUGGCCGCAGGUGCUUAGCUGGGCCAGGGAGUAACCCAAGCACGAUGCAGCAGACUGGCUCAGAGGACGAUGCAGGGCUGCGUGCUGGCCUUCUUGCUGCAUGUACUGAGCCCCAGGAGAGCUUGCUGCACCCGGGCUGCCCAGGUCUUCACGGCACAACUGCCUGGAAGGCAGGUUGCAGAGAGGGAGAGGCAGAUGGCCCGAGCAGCAAGGGGGACCGAUGCUGUGCGGCUCACAGCACUCCAGAACCCGACAAGGCACCCGCAGGACCCCUUGCCAGGAGCAUGUCUGUGCAGCAGUGUUUUUGCCCCUGCACAUUCCAGAAGCCUUCAUGGGAGGGGAUGCAGCCAGGCCGAUUCCUGCCAGAUGGGGCAGGUAGUUCAUUCAAAGGGAACUCUGUAUCCCAUAGGCCUAGGCCCUCCUUUCGCUUGGUGCGGGCUUUGCUGGCCCACUGUCUGUUCCUGGCUCAGCAGAAACAUCUGUUUGAGUCAGCAUCCCUGCAGGGACCCCAGAGCAUCGUAAGCCUUCCUGUGAUUGGUAGGGAUGGCUGUGGGGUGGUUUCCAGGAGGGGGCCACCAUCGCUGCAUCUACUCCCAGACCCCCAAAGGAGCCCAGGCUCAGGCGGGCCUGAUCCAGAGGCACCCAGGCAACCACGAGUUUAGGAGGCAGUCAUAGUCUCUCUCUCUCUCUCAGUAUCCACGACAGGUAUGAAACAUAUUGUCUCUUUAUAAAUGUCAUUUUACAAAUUAUGCGAUUAUCUGGAAGCUCUGAGAUGAGAGCAAAUGGCUGAUCAUGCUGGCCAAAUGUCAGAUACUAAAGCCCAUAUUAAAUGGAAAAUUCCUGAAACAGUU